GAUGUCAAAAGGGUGAACAGAAAGUGACACAAGGAGCAGCACUAAAGGCGCCUGAAUCACAUGAAUCGCCAGCGAACUCGCCACAGGCACCACCACCCGAAGGAGGAGCAUCAGUAACGGCAAGUACAACGACGGAAAACAAGGGUAAAAAUGCACAAGAAGGUGAAAAGGGGGAAAACGAAGAGAAAGAAGACGAAGACGAAGAGGAUGAAGUGGAAGAGGAAGAGGAAGAAGAGGAACAAGAAGAAGAAGAUGAAGACGAAGAAGAAGAGGAUGGUGCGAAAGAAAACGGGGAGACAGAGGAAGAAACGGCUACCGGCACCACAGAGGAGACCUCAGCAGGCAGUCAGGAGAAGCCAAGUUCAUCUUCUGCUGCGGAGGGAGCAUCGAAUAUAACAAAUCCCAACAGCACACAAACAACUGGAGACGAUGAUCCAGCAGCUGAUGGUGCAGGGACAGCGGAGGGAAAACAAAAUGAAAAUAAAGAUGCCAAUCCGAAAGAAACACCAGUGACGGCCACAGCCAUGAAAACUACGACGGCGACGACUGGCGACAGUGACGGCAGCACCGCGGUCUCCCACACCACCUCCCCUCUUUUGCUUCUUCUUGUUUUUGCUUGUGCAGCUGCGGCUGCGGUGGUGGCCGCGUGA